AUGGUGACAUAUUCAACUGGUUAUUUAGAACAUGUCACUGGUAAAGAUGUUUUGAAUGUCAUUAAGAUUCAAUGGCGCUCUUCAUUAUUAGCAAUGAUUUUGUUGGAGCAUCAGUUGACAAAUAAUGGUCAAAAUGAAUGCGCGUAUAUUCCAAAAGGACACAUUCCGAAUAUUGUUUUCUUGACCAUAUCAGAACUAUUAACAGCAUCAGUGG